UGUUUAUGUCGGCCCGAGCAGCAAACAGUCCGUACGGUAACCUGUCAGACCUUCAAACCGUGGACCAUAAACGCGUGCCGCAGUGUCACCCCGUCUCGGGUGCCAUGGUCCUCUGUUACACAUGAGCUCUACUAUGUGGUACAUCAUGCAAAGCAUUCAAAGUAAAUACUCCUUGUCUGAGCGGCUCAUCCGCACCAUCGCAGCCAUCCGCUCAUUCCCUCACGACAAUGUAGAGGAUCUUAUUCGUAAGGGAGCUGAUGUGAACCGAAUGCAUGGCACGCUCAAACCCCUGCACUGUGCCUGCAUGGUCGCUGAUGCAGACUGUGUGGAGCUGCUGUUGGAGAAGGGUGCAGAGGUGAAUGCUUUGGACGGCUAUAACCGCACAGCCCUGCACUAUGCAGCCGAGAAGGAUGAGAGCUGUGUGGAGCUGCUGUUGGAGUACGGGGCUCAGCCAAAUGCCCUGGAUGGCAACAAGGACACUCCACUCCACUGGGCCGCCUUUAAAGAUAACCCAGAGUGUGUGAGGGCCCUGCUGGAGAGCGGGGCCUGUCCCAAUGCCCGGGACUACAACAAUGACACACCUUUGAGCUGGGCAGCAAUGAAGGGCAACCUGGAGAGCGUCAAAGUGCUUUUAGACUACGGAGCCCAGGUCCAUGUGACCAACCUGAAGGGCCAGACCCCUAUCUCCCGACUGGUGGCCUUGUUGGCCCGGGGCCUGGGCACUGAACAGGAGGAAGAGUGCUUGGAGCUGCUGUGUCGAGCAGCUGGGCGGUUUGAGAUACGACGGGCUGAUGGAACCCUCCCCAGGGAGCUGAGUAAGGAUCCCCAGCUGCUGGCCAGGCUGACCAACAUGGUGGCUCAGGCUCCUUCACUUCGCUCUCUGGCCCGCUGCGCUGUACGGCAGAGUCUGGGAGUGCAGUUCCUCCCCACUGCAGUAAAAGAGCUUCCUCUACCAGAGACUAUCAAAGACUACCUUCUGUUGAGAGACUGAUGAUGAAACCACUUGGGCGUUCUCAGACCUCACUGGCUGGUUAUUAGACAGCUCAUCACACUGCAUUUAUUGGCAGGGAAGUGUCUCUGUUGAAUUACAGGAUAUUGUCUGACAAAGGCCUUCAUUUAUUAAACCUUUUCACUAAUUGAUACAAAUGUAUGCACUGAGAGAGAUCCACAGAGCUCUCUCUGUCUUUAUUACUACCUAAUAGUAGCAAAACAUCUAAAUGAGCAGUAAUGUGAGUACAGAUUGAGGGUUUUGAUCAUCAUCUGUAGUCCAAACCUCCAUCAGUACAUCAUCUUGUGUUGUUACGUAGCACCUAACCUGUUUAAAGGUUUCAGAAAGAAACUAUCAGGUUUGUCUGGCUUCAUUAUAAGAACUGACUUAAGAUCUAACCAGCUUGUGUCCAAUCAUGUUAUAAAUACACUCAUGAAGAGCCAGCACCUCUUUGAAAUUUUAAUUAGGUUUAUGAUUCAUUUUUUAUUUGCUAAAACACAGUAACCAUUUCUUUUUUGAAAUACAUAUAAUGAAAGAAUAAUAUGCUGUUAAGUUUGUCAACGAGGCAAGGAAAGUCCUAAGUGUUGAGUUUAGUGUUAAACUGAGGAUUCUAUGCUCACUUUAGCAUUCGUGUUAAACAUAAGGUUUAUAAAUGAGGCCUGAUGCCCUGUGAUGUAGGCUGUCCUGUAAUUCUGUCAGAAGGUGCAGUUCCUGAAGUAGUGCUGAGGAACAAAUGUAUGAACGUAACGUGUCUGACAGUAGGAGUGGCCAUCUUUUUCUCAGUGACGUCCCAGUGAACUCACAAUGCAAUCAUUUUAUUUCAAGGGAAAAACAAUAAAUAAUAAUUAAGGAAAAAAAAUAACAACAUGCUUUUAAGCAGAACAGAAAAGAUUGUGCCAGAUGGGAACAGUUUUAUUUAUGUGAAGCAACAAAAGGUUGCUGAAUAUUAUCAUAGGUUUCACAUAUUUGUUUCACUAAAUGUGCCAGGCACGCUAACUUUGCCUCCAGCUAGUCCUCUGAUGUCAUAUAUGACUGAGAAUUUGGGCUUUAUUUUAUUGAAGAGUGCAGUUCCAAUUGCCAAGGAGGAAUAAAUGUUGUUUUCUUUUGUUUGUUUUUUUAAACAAUGGAUCUUUCCAGUCUUAACUUGCAAAACUUUGGGUUUUCAGGGGUGCUCACGGGUCUGAAAUUUUGCAGGAUAUCUUUGGAAAUUACUUUACUUUAAAUGUUUAAAUGUGGAAAUCAUGACAUGGCAUGAUAACUAAGUUUUGUCCAUGAAAGAUUCACUAAAUGAGCUUGCAAAGUAGAAGUUUGUUAGAGCGUUUGUCUAAAAUCUGACCAUUUCUGUGCUUGGUUUUGUUUGCCUGUUCUGCAGAUGUGUAAAAAUGAACCCCUUAGAUCAUGUCUUGUGUACACCAGCAAAGGUGCUUUUUUUUCUUUGUCAACAUACAGCAAGUAAAUGCCUUUAUAUUCCAGA